GCACUGGAAUAUCAGAAGUACUUAAUAAUCAAUUAGCAACAUUUACCGACGUUUCUAAUUAUUGUGAUAGCUGAAAAAAUAAGUGGAAAUGAUUAAAUACAUGAUAUUAUUAGCUAUUGUGUCUGCGAUCAGUGGUCGGCCUAAAGAUAAUUAUGUACCAUGGAAUAUGGUGACGGUACCAGCAAACUGUCCAAAGGGUCAACAACUCAUCAACGGAGAGUGUAGAGAUAUUUGGUCUCACGAUGAUUUACUUAACAUGCCAAUGGACGUUGAAAAUCAACAGGGUCCACAGUAUAGUGAACAAAAUGGGCCACGGAACAUGAUCACGGUGCCUACGAACUGCCCCCCGGGUCAGGAGCUGAUUAACGGCGUUUGUCGCGACAUCUGGCGAUACAGAGCUACAAGCCCAAUCCCAUCAAAUAUUGAAUACUCGGGACAACGUCUAGAAAACGCUCCACUUAAUAUGAUCACGGUGCCUACGAACUGUCCUCCGGGUCAACAGUUAAUCAACGGCGUAUGUCGUGACGUUUGGAUGUUUGCACCAACCAGCCCUACUCCUCAAGCUGUCGAACAAUCUAAUGAAAGCAAGAUUUUGGAACAAAUUAUCGAAACUAUUAAAUCACAAUUAUUAUAUCGCCAAAAACGACAACUGGAUUUGGAUGCAGAAGAAAUACUUCAAUUGCUGGAUGAAGCAAAUGUGAACAGAAACAUAAUAACGGUUCCCAACCAAUGUCCUGCUGGAUAUAGGCCUGAUAUAUUUGGAAUUUGUCGGCCAAUAUUUGAUUAAACUCUAUCGGAAUUUGUGAUACAAAAAUAUUAAACAUUAAUGUUAAUAA